AUGGCACUUCCGCUGCCGCCGGGCCUCACGCCCGCUGAAACCGCCUUCCUCUGCGAGAUGGAGCUCGUGACGGUGCUCCCGCGGCAGCGCCUCGAGAGCCUCGAACUGCUAGGAGGUCCCACACCAGCACUCGCCCCACCCCACCGCGCAGACAUACCGCUGUGGCUAGCCCUCCUGCUCAAGCGCCAAAAGCGAGCGAACAUCGUGCCGCCACCAUGGCUGCACCCGGACUCACUAAACACGAUCCUGGAGAUCGAAACAGAGCACGAGAGCGCCUUCGCACCCGCACCGCCACUCCCAUCCUCCAACAACAACAACAGCAACACCGCCAGCACAAGCACAACCACGUACGCCGGCCUAGACGCGACCACCUCGUCGCCACCCUUCGUGCUCACGAGCACCGCGUCGGCGCCCCCCACCGCACUGCCCUACCACUGGCUCGAGCUGGGGGAAAUGCUGCUCUCAGCCGCGCCCGACGACUUCGCCGACCCGGACCUCGUGCGGCGCCUGAUGCGCGACCUGCGCGAAGUGCGCAUGGCGAAGCUGCGCGCGGGCGUGGACGCGCUGGACGCGGGCGCGGGCGUGCGCAUGAACGGCGUGGGCGGCAUGGAGGUGGCCGAGGGCCGCAGCUUCAUUGCCGGCGUCGUCGACGGGCUGCGCCGCGUUGGCGCGUCGCGCGAGCAGGCGCGGCGCGAGCGCGAGGCUGAGGAUUUUGAUGCUGCUGGUGCUGGUGCGAGGGAAGGCGCGUAUAGUGAUGAUGAGAUGGAGCUGUGAGAAUGCCUGUGCCGCGUUUGGUUGUUGCUGUGAUAUCCUGUGCCGGCGUAUUUGGGGCGGGGGAAUUGGCCCUUGGGUGGGGAAUGGCUGGGCUAUGCUAUGUAUGCUGCUGCGAGCUACGAACAGCGGCUGCUUUUGGAGCGGAAAACUCUGGGCUGGUCCGUUCUAUUUGAUAUGAGACGGAGGAUUUAUCUGCAGUAGAUGCGGCAUCUGCUUCGACGGAGCAGCAUGACGUGGUAGCACAAAAAGUCAUUGAACGUCUCAUAUACAAUCUUCAUUUCACG